CUGUAAGGGGCGGGGCCUACGGGGAGUGGAGGAAUUAAAUGAAACUGGGAGGGCCUUAAGAGAACUUAAGGGGGCAAGGGCUUGGUGGGCGAGGCCUUAAGGGAUGUGUUGUCUGUGUGGGCGUGGUCUUUUGUUCUCGGGAGCUCUGGUACCGAGUGGGCGGGGCCAUUAUGAGGCGGAGCCUGGAGUGGAAUUGUUAGCUUGCUUCCUUCUGCUCUGCAGCAUGGGGCAUCGUACUCUAGCUUCUUUCCCGGCCCUGUGGGCCUCCAUCCCCUGUCCACGCUCGGAGCUGCGCCUGGACCUGGUUCUGGCUUCCGGACAGUCCUUCCGGUGGAGGGAACAAAACCCUGCGCACUGGACUGGCGUGCUGGCGAACCAGGUAUGGACACUGACCCAGACUGAGGAGCAGCUCUACUGUACUGUGUACCGAGGGGACAAGGGAUGGGUUAGCAGGCCCACACCAGAAGAGCUGAAGACUGUGCACCAGUACUUCCAGCUGGAUGUCAACCUGGCUCAACUAUAUCACCAUUGGAGUUCCGUGGACCCCCACUUUCAAGAGGUGGCUCAGAAAUUCCAAGGUGUGCGACUCCUGCAACAGGACCCCAUCGAGUGCCUUUUCUCCUUCAUCUGUUCCUCCAACAACAACAUUGCUCGCAUAACUGGCAUGGUAGAACGGCUCUGCCAGGCCUUCGGACCUCGGCUCAUCCAGCUUGAUGAUGUCACCUACCAUGGCUUCCCCAGCCUGCAGGCCCUGGCUGGGCCAGAGGUAGAGGCUCAGCUCAGGAAGUUGGGCCUGGGGUACCGUGCCCGCUACGUGAGUGCCAGUGCCCGAGCCAUCCUAGAAGAACAGGGUGGGCUGUCCUGGCUGCAGCAGCUGCAAAAGGCCCCCUACGAGGAGGCCCACAAGGCCCUCUGCACCUUGCCCGGGGUGGGCACCAAGGUCGCUGACUGCAUCUGCUUGAUGGCCCUAGACAAGCCCCAGGCUGUGCCCGUGGAUAUCCACAUGUGGCAGAUUGCCCAGCGUGACUACAGCUGGCACCCCACCACGUCCCAGGCCAAGGGUCCAAGCCCCCAGGCUAACAAGGAACUGGGAACCCAGAGCUGCAGCCAACAGUGGCGUCUGUUCCACCUACUGUCAGCCAGAAGUGAAAAGAUGGGCCAGACUGGGCCAUGGCAAGGCUGCCAUGGCACUGGGAUUAUAGGAAACAGGAAGCAGUGAUCAACUGACCAGAAGAAGUACCACCCUGGACUCAGCCUCCCCAGCCAGCCAGGCCAAAGAGUGAGGACCUUCCCAACCCACACCACAGCUCAGGGACAGCGUCCCCCUCCACCCCCCGCUUGCCUGCCCUUGAGACUCACGUUCCCAGAACAUCACGGAAGUCGUAAAUGUCCCUAAUAUCCUCCACCUGCUUCCAGCUGGGGCCGUCCACUGCCCCCGGCAUGGCCCACUGCCCCCUGGCCACGGCCAGGGCUCCUGAGAAGGGAAAUGGAGGGAAAAGACUCAGUGGGGCCCAGCCUUCCAUGUUAGAACUUCGGGAACUGAGGCCCCAUUCAGUCAUUCAGCCUGCAUUUAUUCAUUCCUUGGUUCAUUCAUUUGACAUAGUUAUUCAGCAAAUCCAUUCAUUCGCCAGUCAUUUGUUCCUCCCACAAGUCCUCAUGCCUAGAGGAAAAUCCUUCAAGGUG